CAAGUAACGUGUCCUUUCCUGUCAUGAGGCCUUGUGUCAAAACUUCCCCUCACAAUGAACUCAAUGGAUUUCACUUCCCCUCUUAGUUAUUCAGUCCCACAGCUGAACAUGUUGAGGAUGGAACCAUAUGCCGCAUGCUGCAAAGUUAUAAUGAUGUUUUUGUGUUUCACAGCUAUUAGGACAGACAUUACCUGUCGAAAUGAGGCCGGGGAACCUGUUGACUGGUUUGUGGUCUACAAGUUGCCCAAAGAGUUUGGUAGUGGGCUGGGGUACAUGUACCUAGACUCUGCUGUAGAAACAUGGCAGAUGAGUCAAUUCACUGUCAACACCAGUGAAGGGGCCAUAGGACUCACUCUAAACCAACUCUACUUAGGGCAGGCCUACAUGUCUAACAGCACAGUUUAUGCCAUGUACAAUGAUGGACCCCCAGACAUGGACUACCUCAAAGGAUAUGGCCACACGAAAGGAGUGCUGCUCUUUGACCACGCUCAAGGAUUCUGGCUGUCCCACAGUGUCCCCCACUUCCCCUACUUCCCAGAGCGGGGUUACCAGUACCCCUCCUCUGGAAAGUUAAAUGGCCAAACUGCUCUGUGCAUGACCUACAAGUACGGGCAGUUUCCCAUAAUAGCACGGCAGCUGGUCUACCUCAUCCCACGUGUAUACAACUGCUCAGUGCCCUCCUCAUUCUUGGACGACUUUGCAGAUUUGGCACAGUUGUGUGAAGGCUCCAAGUUUCCCCUCCCCUCAUCCAGUAAAAAUAUCGAGAGUCUUCUCUCGGCAAAAGGAGAGGAGUUUGUACAUUUUGCCAAAUCUGAACGCUUUGUUGAUGACAUCUACACGGGGUGGGUGGCCCAGGAGCUGGGGACAGACCUCCUGGUGGAGACGUGGCAGAGGCAGAACCGCGAGCUGCCCUCCAACUGCUCCUUGGAGAACCACGCCAUGAACGUCCAGAAGGUGUGUCUCCCAGGGCCCACCCUCUUCAAGUCCCGGCAUGACCACUCCAAGUGGUGCGUGUCCACGGGCUUGGAGGACCAGUGGGCCUGCGUGGGAGACCUGAACAGGGAGAGGGCUCAGGUGAAUCGGGCAGGGGGACUCCUGUGCACCCGGAACCCCUUCGUGUACAAGGCCUUUAGACAGGUGGUGUCCUCGUAUAAGGACUGCUAGCUGAGGGAGAGAAGGAUGGGGGGAGAGAGAGAGAUAGAGGGAGGGAUGGAGAAGGAGAAGGAGAAAGAGAGACAGAGAGAGACAGAGAGAGAGAGAGAGGGGGGGGGGGGGGGGGGAGAGAGAAGGAGGAAGGAGAGAGCGAGAGAAGGAGAGAGAGAGAGAGAGAGAGAGAGAGAGAGAGAGAGAGAUUUGGGUACUUUUAGUUAGAUGGGUACAUACAUACAAUAUUGUAUCGUUCCCAGAUAUUUUUUUAUAUAUGUUUUUAUGUUGUUUCUAUAUUCCUAUGCAUAUGAGCUCUGAGCAUAUCUUUGUUUUCAGUACUGUCACGGUUCAUGUCAGAAGCACUCUUGAGCCAUCUCCAAUGUCUUUAAAAAUAGGGAUGUAUGGACACCUCAAUUUAAUAAUUAGACGUUUUGAUGGAGUCAAGUCACAGCACAGCAAUGCACUUAUCAAUGUAGAUGUACUAUCAUCAAUGUGUAUUAUUCCGAAAUAAAUAUGUACACUGAA